AAGACUACGGAAGCGCGCUUGGUUUAAGCACUCAAACAGAAGCUAAUCAUCCAUUUGACUGCAUCAGAUAAACACGCAACUUAAGUGGUGAAUCGGUAACAUUAGUUACACUAAAACUGCAACGACGAAAGAGUGUGAAAAUGUUUGCAAGGACCACAGCAGAGUACGUGGAGGAAGAGGACCAUAGUCGUCGACGACUGGAAGAUCUUUGGCUGCAGCCAUAUGUUGUGUUACGCAGAGUUGACAUUAGUGAAGCUAUUCGUCUUACGCAGCAGGAGCCAGAGCGCACAUGCAUCAAAGAGGAAGAUGUGGGCAAAGAGGUCCACCACUUGAAUGAACAAAUGGUGCCCACGCUUCUUUGCACCAUAAAAGAGGAGGAAGAGCCAGAGCGGCCUUGUAUUAAAGAGGAAGAUGUGGGCAAAGAGGUCCACCACUUGAAUGAACAAAUGGUGCCCACGUUUCUUUGCACCAUAGAAGAGGAGGAAGAGCCGGAGCGGCCUUGUAUUAAAGAGGAGGGAGAAGACUCCUGCGACAUUAAAGAGGAGGAGGAGGAUACCUUCAAGAUGCCAUCGACUGGUGUUCCUGUGAAGAGUUUAGAUGAGGGUCAACAUGAGGUGAUCAAAGAGGCGGCGCCGCCAAGCUGCAGCUCAAGUCAACAAAUGACCAGAGAAGGUGAUGGAGACCACUGUGGAGGAUCACAAGCAGCUCCACCAUCAGAUAGUGAUGACGUGACGAAAAACUAUUCCUGCUCAGAUUGUGGCCAAAAAUUUGCUCAAAGGGGAAGUUUAAAAAGGCACACAAGAAUCCACACUGGACAGGAAAAUUUUUCAUGCUCAGUUUGUGGCCAAAGUUUCAAUUGGAAGGAAACCUUAAAUAGGCACACGAGAACCCACACUGGCAAGAAAACUUUUUCAUGCUCAGAUUGUGGCCAAAAAUUCACUCGAAGUGAUAGUUUAAAAUUUCACACAAGUGUCCACACUGGUGAGAAACCUUUUUCAUGCUCAGUUUGUGCCCAAAAAUUCACUCGGAAUGAACACUUGAUAAAGCACACAAGAACCCACACUGGAGAGAAACCUUUUUCAUGCUCAGUUUGUGGCCAAAUAUUUUCAAGGAAGGAAGCUCUAACAGUUCACACAAGAAUCCACACUGGUGAGAAACCUUUUUCAUGCUCAGUUUGUGGCCAGAAAUUCAGUCAGAAGGGAGAUUUAAACAAGCAUACAAGAGUCCACACUGGUGAGAAACCUUUUUCAUGCUCAGUUUGUGGCCAAAGAUUCACUCGGAAGGGAACUCUAACACUUCAUACAAGAACCCACACUGGUGAGAAACCCUUUUCAUGCUCAGUUUGUGGCCAACAAUUCUCUGACGGAGGACAUUUAAAAUCACACUCAAGAAUCCACACUGGAGAGAAACCUUUUUCAUGCUCAGUUUGUGGCCGAACAUUCAGUCUAAAAGGAGAUUUUAACAAGCACAAGAGAAUCCACACUGGUGAGAAACCUUUUUCAUGCUCAGUUUGUGGCCAAAUAUCUUCAGGGAAGGGAGCUCUAACAAUUCACACAAGAAUCCACACUGGUGAGAAACCUUAUUCAUGCUUAGUUUGUGGCCAAUUAUUCGCUCGGAAUGACUGCUUGAUAAAGCACACAAGAAUCCACACAGGUGAAAAACUUUUUUCAUGCUCAGUUUGUGGCCAAAUGUUCUCUGAGGGGAGCUAUUUAAAAAGGCACACAAUAAUCCACACUGGGGAGAAACCUUUUUCAUGCUCAGUUUGUGGCCAAUUAUUCAGUCACAAGCAUUACUUAAAAUGGCACACAAGAAUCCACACUGGUGAGAAACCUUUUUCAUGCUCAGUUUGUGGCCAAAAAUUCAGUCAGAAGGGAACCUUAAAACAUCACACAAGAACCCACACUGGCGAGAAACCUUUUUCAUGCUCAAUUUGUGGCCAAAGAUUCGUAGUGAAGCAAAGCUUAAAAAGGCAUAUAAGAAUCCACACUGGCGAGAAACCUUUUUCAUGCUCAGUUUGUGGCAAAAGAUUUGCAGCGAAGCAAAGCUUAAAAAGGCAUAUAAGAAUCCACACUGGCGAGAACCCUGUCGCCUGCUCAGCCAAAGAGAAUUCCGAGUAUGUUGGGGAGAUGAGCAAUGAUUCGUGAAGUCUUCACCUUCUAUUUGAGCACUCUUCAUGUUCAUGUUCAGGUUUUUGCCCCCAUAUUUGUUUUGCAGUGAAAAUAGAUGAAGCGAUUUGUGUAGAAAUGCUGAAUGACAAAAUACGAAAGCAUGUGGAAUGCUUUGAAUCAUGAAAUAAAAUGUGAAUAUUUCGGAAUGUACGUGUGGGGUACUACAUUAAGAAGCAGGUCGAGCCACUGAAAAUCUUUCACAGACUUUUGCCAUCAUAACUGAAUUCCUGAUAUCUCGACUUGAAAUAUGAACUCUAUUUUUGUGCUGGUUCUUUUCAAGAGAAGCAUCACUUUUUCUAAGUAUUGUAAUACAAUGCCUUGUUUUUAUUUGGCUGUAAUUUGUCAUUAUAAUAAAGCAUGCAGCUAUGCUC